CGGUGACGCAGCCGAGCGAGGGAGCGAGCGAGCGCGCGACAGCCAAGGCCCGGGAGGCGCGCGCCUUUCCUUGCAGCUUCCUUCUCCUGGCUCUCUCUGCCUGUCUCUCCCCUUCCUCCUUGCUGUCCGUUCUCCGGAGCAGGCCAAACUCGGAUCUGUUUCGGCGCCUCAAAAGCAGCUGGAAAGGCAGGGAGGCGGAGGAUCCUUUUCUUCUCCAAACCCUUGCCGGAAAAUAAAAAGGGGAGGGAAACUUCACGCGCGUAGCGGAAAGAAAGAAAGAAGAACGAAACAACAGAGGAGGAGGAGGAGGAAAUCAAUAGCAGCAACAGGAGGAGGAUCGGAAGGAGUUGUAAUAGCAGUCCUGGUCAAAGAGAGAUGUGAAGUUUCCCCAUGGACAGAAGAGGCCUUUUUUCUCCAUGGACGACACAUAUUAUGGCACAUUGACUCUUCUGCCUCAUUGCCCAAAGCUAUGUAGACCACAAACUCCAGAACUCAGCUACAUUUGCAGUCAUCUCACCACAUUAAACGUCACAGGAAAAGGCAAAUGCUUUGAGUAGCACAUAAAGACAUCAUGGCCUGCCUUACGAUGACAGAGAUGGAAGGGACAGCGUCAUCUCCAAUUCACCAGAAUGGUGGCGUCGUUGGGAAUUCAACCAUUUCUAGACAGACAGAACCACUUCUUCGAGUUUACCUUUAUCAUUCCCUGGGAAAGACUGAAGGCGAUUAUUUGGAGUUUCGAGCUGGAGAUUAUAUUGCAGAAGAGAUCUGUAUUGCUGCUUGUAAGGCUUGUGGUAUCUUGCCUGUGUACCACAACAUGUUUGCACUCAUGAACCAGGCAGACCGAUGCUGGUAUCCUCCAAACCACGCCUUCCAAAUAGAGGGAUCAGCCACACUGACGGUACUCUACCGAAUAAGGUUUUAUUUCCCACACUGGUAUUGCAAUGACACUACACGGGCAUAUCGCUAUGGUGUCUCCCGAGGUGCUGAGACUCCUGUGCUUGAUGAUAUCAUCAUGUCUUAUUUGUUUGCUCAGUGGCGAGAAGACUUUGUCCAUGGGUGGGUAAAAAUGGCUGUUACUCAUGAAACACAAGAAGAAUGUCUUGGCAUGGCUGUUCUGGAUAUAAUGAGAAUGGCCAAAGAAAAGGACCAAACCCCACUAUCCAUUUACAAUUCUGUUAGCUAUAAAAUGUUUUUGCCUAAGUGUAUCAGAGAAAAAAUCCAGGAUUAUCACAUUCUAACCCGCAAGAGAAUAAGGUACAGGUUCCGCAGAUUCAUUCAGAGGUUUGGCCAGUGCAACGCAAGUGCCAGAAACUUGAAACUGAAAUAUCUCAUAAAUCUGGAAACCCUCCAGUCUGCCUUCUACUCUGAAGUAUUUGAAGUCAAGGAGCCUGGCAGAGAGCCUUCCGGUGAAGAACGCUGUGCAACUAUUAUUAUAAGUGCAAAUGGUGGAAUUCAGUGCUCCAGAGGGAAACAUAAAGAGAGUGAAACACUGGUAGAACAGGACAUACAGACCUACUGUGAUUUCCCAGACAUUAUUGACGUCAGUAUUAAGCAAGCGAACCAGGAAGGUUCUGGAGAGAAUAGAAUUGUAACCAUUCACAAGCAGGACAGCAAGAAUUUGGAAGCUGAAUUUCAUUCAUUAAAAGAUGCCCUUUCUUUUGUAUCAUUAAUUGAUGGGUAUUACAGAUUAACGGCUGAUGCCCACCAUUAUCUCUGUAAAGAAGUAGCACCUCCUUCAGUUCUUGAAAGCAUCCAGAGCAACUGCCAUGGGCCAAUUUCGAUGGACUUUGCAAUCAAUAAAUUGAAAAAAGCUGGCAAUCAGCCUGGUUAUUAUGUUCUUCGUUGCAGCCCAAAGGAGUUUAAUAAGUACUUCCUUACCUUCGCUGUUCAGCAAGAUAGUAUGGCUGAUUAUAAGCAUUGCUUGAUAACAAAAAAUGAGAAUGGAGAAUAUAAUCUCACUGGGACACGAAGAAGUUUUACAAACCUUGUGGAUCUUUUGAAUUGCUAUCGGACAGAAACUGUCCGGUCGGAUAGUAUAAUUUUCCAGUUUACCAGAUGCUGCCCUCCAAAACCAAAAGAUAAGUCAAACUUACUAAUCUUGAGGAGCAACGCAGCCUCCGAUGUGCCCACAUCACCCACACUGCAUAGACACAAUAAUAUCAACCAGAUGGUCUUCCACAAAAUCCGGAAUGAAGACCUGAUUUUCAAUGAAAGCCUUGGCCAAGGCACCUUCACCAAGAUUUUCAAAGGUGUGAGGAAAGAAGUGGGAGACUACGGUAAACUGUAUCAGACAGAAGUCCUGCUGAAGGUUCUGGAUAAAGUGCACAGAAACUACUCUGAGUCUUUCUUUGAAGCCGCCAGCAUGAUGAGCCAGCUUUCUUACAAGCACUUGGUAUUAAAUUAUGGAGUUUGUGUCUGUGGAGAGGAAAACAUUCUGGUACAAGAAUAUGUAAAAUUUGGAGCACUUGACACCUAUUUGAAGAAGAAUAAAAAUUCUAUAAAUAUCUUAUGGAAACUGGAAGUUGCAAAGCAGCUGGCAAUGGCAAUGCAUUUUCUGGAGGAUAAAAACCUUGUUCAUGGGAACGUAUGUGCAAAAAAUAUCUUGCUUAUCAGAGAAGAAGAUAGGAAGUCUGGGAAUCUUCCUUUUAUCAAGCUCAGUGAUCCUGGUAUCGGCAUUACAGUGUUGCCAAAAGACAUUCUUCUAGAGAGAAUCCCAUGGGUUCCACCUGAGUGCAUCGAAAAUCCCAAGCGGCUGAGUUUGGCGACGGACAAGUGGAGUUUUGGGACCACCUUGUGGGAGAUCUGCAGCGGGGGAGACAAGCCCCUCGGGGCACUGGAUUUGCAGAGAAAACUACAGUUUUAUGAAGAUAGGCACCAACUUCCUGCUCCAAAUUGGACUGAACUGGCAAAUCUUAUAAAUAACUGUAUGGAUUAUGAACCAGAUUUUAGGCCAUCUUUCAGAGCAAUUAUACGUGAUCUUAACAGUUUGUUCACUCCAGAUUAUGAACUUUUGACAGAAAAUGACAUGUUACCAAAUAUGAGAACUAGUGGCCUUGGACUUUCUGGGGCUUUUGAAAACAAGGACCCUACAUAUUUUGAAGAGAGACACCUCAAGUUCUUACAGCAACUUGGCAAGGGCAAUUUUGGGAGUGUGGAGAUGUGCCGAUACGAUCCACUGCAAGACAACACUGGGGAGGUGGUCGCUGUUAAGAAGCUUCAGCACAGCACAGAAGAACACCUGAGAGACUUUGAAAGAGAAAUUGAAAUCCUCAAAUCUUUGCAACAUGACAACAUUGUCAAGUACAAAGGAGUGUGCUACAGUGCAGGUCGCAGAAAUCUGAAGCUGAUAAUGGAAUAUUUGCCCUAUGGAAGUUUACGAGACUAUCUCCAGAAACAUAAGGACAGGUUGGAUCAUAAGAAACUCCUGCAGUAUGCUUCUCAGAUAUGUAAGGGCAUGGAGUAUCUGGGAUCAAAAAGAUACAUUCAUAGGGAUCUAGCGACCAGAAAUAUCUUGGUGGAGCAUGAAAACAGAGUUAAGAUUGGAGACUUCGGCUUGACAAAAGUCCUGCCGCAGGACAAAGAAUAUUACAAAGUCAAGGAACCAGGAGAGAGUCCAAUCUUUUGGUAUGCACCAGAGUCACUGACAGACAACAAAUUUUCUGUGGCUUCAGAUAUGUGGAGUUUUGGUGUGGUCCUGUAUGAACUUUUCACAUAUACAGACAAGAACAAAAGUCCACCUGUGGAGUUCAUGCGCAUGAUUGGCGAUGAUAAGCAAAACCAGAUCGCAUUCCAUUUAAUAGUUCUUUUGAAAAACAAUGUUAGGCUGUCAAGACCUGAUGGAUGUCCUGAUGAGGUUUACGCCAUCAUGACAGAAUGCUGGAACAGUAACCCAAGUGUGCGGCCCAUCUUUAGGGACCUCACUUUGAGAGUUGAUGUCCUAAGGGAGAACAUGGGUGGAUGAAAACUCCAAAGUGCAUCCAAAGGGAAAUUUUGACCUGCAUAACAAAAUAUGUUCUGUUCUUGGCAUGGUUGCAGAUUAUUGGCCCUCCCAGGCACUUUCUUCUUUGAGAACAGAGGCUGGAGGGAAAUGAUCCCAUCAUGACUUUCCCAUGACUGUGAAGAACUCUGCUUCCUUUCUUCAUAGGGAGUAUUGUUUUGCUGCACCAAUGCAAAGCACUUGGUAGUGAAGGAAUUGUAUUUUUUACUUUUAAAAAAAGCAAAACACUGGAAAAUGUGUUCAGUUAGCGUCACCUUGUUUUGCCUUACAUGCAGACAGACAGAUUGGCCAAAAAUAUUAUUGUUACCCUACAGAUUUGGCUAAAAGAAUCCAAAGACUGAAUGGUGAGCAGAUUGACAUGUUUUUAAAAAAUCAUCACUGAAGUGAAUGUGAUUUAGACUAUAGUUUUGUACCCAUUUAUCAAUGGGACUGAUAGUAGAGUAGACCUGUAUAGGUUUCUGCUCUGAAGCAGCAGUUGGUCUACAGAAUUUGUGGACAUUUGGAAACAUCUGUGAUUCUGUUUCAGCACACCUAGAAUAUUUCACAUUCCCAGCUGUGUCACUUUAAAGAGGAGAAAGUUGAGCUUAAUAGUAAACAAAGAUGCCCAUAUUCACUCUGUACUGAUUAUCAUCAUCAUCAUCAUCAUCAUACUUGUGUGUGGAUUCCUCUCCAUGAGAUGUAUUUUUUAAAGCAAUCUAAGACCUAUAGGACAGCUACUAGUCAUGGUGAGAAGAGAAAACAUCACAGACUGAUUCCGAAUGUCCCAGUAUAUGGAGCGCCAGAAAACAUGGCCGCAAUUUAUCGAGGACUCCAUGUAAAAGUGGGGAAUACCGUGCAAACCAUCACUGAACAAGUCAGAGCAGGAAGUUACUGGAUACAAAAAAACUCAUAAUUCACGCUGGACUUUUCUUCAGUGACUGAAGAGUGUUUUGGCAUCCUUUGCACAAGGGCUUGUGUUUCCUGAAUGAGGUUUAAUGUUUGUCUGUUUCUUUAUAGUGUCAAAGCAUAGUGAAUUCACUGUGAGUAAGACAAGUUAAGCGCCCGUGUGUGUUUCAAAGAGUUGGUUGAGCAAUUUUUGACGUGCCUGUCUGAGCCAAGUGGUGGCCAGCAACAGAAACAGAGAUGCACCUUUGGGGAUUGAUGUACUGUAAAUACUUUGAUGGAAAGGGAACAAAUAAGGAUAUAUACAUAUAUAUAUAUAUAUAUAUAUAUAAAUCUAUUUUAGAACACCUGCUGAAAUAUGUUUUUCAAUGAACAAAUAUAUAGAAGUCUAUUUUCCUACCUGUGCGUUAGUACAUGUGAUGAGUUCUGCUUUUGUCUCUUAAGAGGUACAAGCCUUUGAAAGCGUUUUGUAGUCAGCAAUGUGAUACGUUCCAGAUGUAAACUUUGUUAGCCUUGCCAGUCCUACCCAAUGUUGCAUUUUCCCCCUUUUGCCCUCUUAGCUUUUCCAUGAUUAUCCAUUCAGCUAUGAAUAGAAAACUUGUUUCUGAUGUUUUUUAAAAGAAUUACUGUGAUCCUCCUCCUGUUCACCAAUCCUUGUCCUUAGGUUAUUGUAUUAUUGGGCCAUGUGUAACUGCAGCUUUGUGAUAUCACGGCUUGAUUUUAUACAGCUGAAAUUGUGGAACAAAUUGAAAAGUCAUGCAGACCCUUGCAUUAGCAGAUUCUGUGGCACAAAUUCAUGCCAGCGGGUUAUACAGCCUAAGAAUAUGGAAAAAUUGAAGUAAUAGAAGUAACAUCGGUCUGUCAGCUGGAGAGCUGGCCACUGUUGUUGAAAUUGAAGUGAGUUGCACUAGGUAUUUGACCAUGUUGCCCUACUUGCCGCCAAGCCUUGCUUUAGAGCAGUGGUUCUCAGUCCUUGACCCUCCAGGCAUUUUGGACUUCCUUCUCCCACAAACCCAGUCCAGCAUGGGCAGUGAGAAGUUGUCCAAACCAUCUGAAAAACCAAAUAUGGGAAACCAUUGUUUCAGAAGCUUGAAAUCUAGGGAUUCCCCUGCUCAGAAUUUGUGAUACAGUUAAGUGUUUACAUCCAGAAGCCAAAAGGCUAAAUUUGGUGAAAGAGGCAGUUUCUAUACAUCAAGGGUGGGAACUAUUAAUGUUGCCUUACUGUAACUCCCAUCAUUCCUCCCAUUGGCUGCAUUGCCAGGGCUGCUGGGACUUGCAGUCCAUCCGCCUCUGAAGGACUGGGUGCUUCUCAUCCUUGUUGUAGGCUGUCAGAGCUGAAUUAAAACUUGAAAUAUACUUGAGUGUCCGACAGAUUGUGACUUAGAUGGCAUAAACCCCUAGUCUGUUGAUCCCAUCUAUCUACCUCAGAUAAGGAGAGUGCAGUGGUGUGAGCUUUGUAUAGGAUUUUAAAAGUACCUCAAAAUGUUGCAAAUGUUUGUUUCUGCGAGUAUCAAGUCUGUUUUGUGCCACUGUGGGCUCUGGCAUAUGCAUCAAGGCUAAUUUGGUGGUCUAAAAGUACAUGUGGAUCUCUUCUCCCACACAUGCCAAAGCUUCUUCAUUUUGUCUUACAGGUUGGGAUGUGCUUCACCUGCACUUGGGGAAAUCCAUGUGCCUGCACAUCGUCAUAGCGUUAGGAGGGAGCAAUCCCAGUAUCCACCUUGCUUUCCUCAGGCCAAACCCCCUCUCUCCCUUUUAUGCCUAACAAUGUGUUUUGAGAGGAGGCAGGUUUUUGUAUUUUGUAAUAGUAUGUUACGCUUCAAUGGCCGAAGAUUUGCAAACCAUCACCAAUUUCAGAUACAGUUGCACAUUGUAUAUAUACAUAUUUUUAAAAAUUGAUAUGGUCAAAUGUAUUGCACUUUGUACAUGGCUUUGAAGCUCCUUUGAAAAAUAUGCUGUACAGAAAAAUGUCUCUUGCUUUUGUAGAAUAUUAUGUGUGUAAUGUGUUUUUGGCUAACCAAAAUGAUAAGAGCAUAAGAGUAAUGCAGUAUAUAAAGAUAGUAGUAGUCUGACCAUAAUGGGAAUUCAUCUUUAUCUGAUCAAGAAGUUCAUGUUCCAUAUAAGAUGGAGAAAACUCAGGGAAUGUUGUUUAAUACAAUGACAAGCUCUUCCAUUGUUGUAGUAUCCCUUCCCCCAGUGAAUAAAAGCAUAUUUGCUUGGUAUAAUAUA